CCCAACCAAAGCUUCAAGUUUUCCCCCCUUCCUUUCCCUUUCCUCACCAACCCUUCCCUUCAAAUACAUACACCCACAGCCAGGCGCUGUACCCUUUCCCGUCUUUUUCCAAUUAAUAGUUAGCAUUCCUUAAAAAUGCGUUUCCAAACUCUCUCUUUGACCGCCAUUGGUCUCCUCAUGUUCUCCAGCUCCCAAAUUGGAGUAAAUGCAAAGUCCUUCAUGCUCAGAGAUAAUCUUGCUACUGUUGAGAGAGAUGGUGCCAUUCACACCGUUGUCUCUGCCAUGUACCUGGCUCCAUUCUCGAGCGACGACGCACCCGAGGCUGAAUUCGAACUUGUUGACGACGAUCUGAACAGCCACUUGCUUUCAUACACAAAGCGUGGUGCCAGCUGCUCUAAAUACGUUACAAUCAAGAGUGGUGAUACUUGCGCCAAGGUUGCCAAGAGCAACAGUAUUACCGUUAGCAAAUUCUACGACUUGAACAGCCAAGUUAACAGCAAAUGUACCAACAUUAUUGCUGGAAAGAAGUACUGUGUUAAGGCAGGAACCACCGCAAAUGUCAAGGCAAAAACCACCACCAAGAAGAAGACAACCACAAAGAAGACCACCACCAAGAAGAAGACCACCACCAAGAAAUCUACCAAGACCACCGCCAAAGCCUCGCCCAGCAACAAGUCUGUUAGCAGCAGAAAGAAGAUCCAGUCCAACUCAGCAUUCACUUACUACUGGACUGCCCAGGAAGCUGACUAUGCUGACAACAGCAAGACUGUAACAAUCAAGACUUGUUCUGGAAAGAGCAUUGCCAAGGUCGAUGAAACAUACGCUGAUGCCUUGGUUAUGGAAGGUGCCGGUGUUGUCGGCAACAAGCUUGUCAACUUGGGCGACUGCACGUGCAAAAACUACAACUGCUUUGAGGAAUUGAACAAGAAGGAGAAUCCCUUUGGCCUGACUUCUUAUGGCUCCGCUCUCCGUCCUUACACCACCAUUGCUGCCAACGAUAUCGAGAAGGGCACCAAGAUCUAUGUUCCUGCUCUCGUUGGCUGGUCGCUCCCUGGCUCCACCAAGAAGCACAAUGGCUGUCUUUUGGUUGAUGAUGAGAGCUGGAGUUUCACCAACAAGCACAUCGACUUUUACGUCUACGAAAAGGAUCACUACGCCACCUUGAACAAGGCACACAAGGUUUCCAAGGUCGACAUCUACGAAGGUGGCGAUUGCAGUCUUCUCAACUACACCUAAAGACAUUUGAUCGACCAAUAUAUUCUUCGAUUGAAUUAAUUUAAUCUUUUCACAAAUCUCGUCCUCUCCCUCUCAUUCUCUUUAUCUAUUUUGCUCUCUCUUCUUGUUUUUUUCUCUCUCUCUCUCUUUAUAUUUCUGUCAGAUCAAGAAGAUAAAAGCUCAAUGAUGUCUUCUAUAUUAUCGAUCUGUACACAUUAUAUAUAUUUGCAUAUAUAAAGAGCAUUGUAUUAAAGACAGUUUUGAUUGCUAUUUAUCUACACCUUGGAUUCUCUCUUCCAUUAAAAUAUGUUUCAUGUGAUAAUAAAGCCUUUUUGGCUCAGUGCACCUUUUUAUUU